AUGGCUGAUCUAUUGGCCGCUGGUAGCGGCAAGGCGCCGACAGGCAAAGUGCCAACAUUGCACAACAACAAGCAGCUGAAGCUGCCGCUCAACGCCAAUCGCAAGCAUCGCAAGAGCGAGCCCAAGCUCACCAAAGGAUACCCAGCAACACACAGCCCGCGCAAGCCCCUCCUCCAGCGGCAGCCGCAUCUCAGCAGCCGCCGUCACAAGCGUACCUUUCCCAGGGAACCCGCGCCAGCGGCGACCGAGCCUGCCAAGCCGCGCAACUCCUUCCCCCAUGCCUUUGAGCGAUGGGAGACGUUGUCAGCGCAUUGGGAGGGCCUCACCAGCUACUGGAUCAGGAAGCUUGAACAAAAUAAAGAUGACGUAAACAAAGACCCCCUCAGCCAGCAACUUGCUCGUCAAGUCACCGACUUAUCCGCGGCUGGCGCCAAUCUAUUCCACGCCGUUGUCGAACUGCAGCGUCUCCGAGCAAGCUCCGAACGCAAAUUCCAGCGAUGGUUCUUUGAAACCCGGUCGGAGCUGGAGCGCGCCCAGGAAGUGAAUGCGCUGCUCGAAAAGGCCCUCGAAAAAGAACGACGAGAACGAUCAGAUGCUAUUCGCGAUGCGGUCGACAACGAACGUGGCGUCUCCAAGACACAAAAGCAGCUCCAAGAGAUGCGCAAAGAGCUGGCCAUUUCGAAAGAAGAAGCUCGUCGCGCCUGGGAAGAGCUCGGUCGCCGUGAGCAAGAGGAACGCGAUCGCACGCUGUCUCUCCAAGCUGGCCACCCCACUAUUGUCGGCGGUGUCCAAGUAGUUCCCAUGUCGCAGAGUCACUCGGGCAGACAAACCAGCACUAGAGAUCCUGGAGCGUACCAGACCACCGAGACGAGUCGCACGCCGACUGAGCACCGCUCGACAGGCGCCGCCGGCAGCAACAGCGGCUACUACGCCCAGGCCGAAGCCUCAGGCAGCGGCCAACGCGGCGCACCGCAAGAGGAGGCCGACUAUCGCGAGCACGAGUACGUACUAGACGCACAGGGCCAGCCGAUCCUCGAUGUGCACGGCGAGAAGAUUCCCUACCUGGCGCCGCCGUCUACCUACUCGGGUUCGGAGCAGGAAGCAGAAGAGACUACUCGGGCGAGGGCUACGGCGCGCCAGGCUGGGAGACGGUACAGCGACACCACCACCCCACGCGACUGA